AUGUCCCAACCUCUCGUGCAGUCGAGCGCAAAGGUGUCUCAGACGGAGUGUUCAUCACUCUAUGAACUCCAGGAACAUAAAGUGCCCAUCGUCUCCCAUGCAUCCUCGCCGCCCUUCAACAAGCUUGCCAAUCCGAGCCCCCUAGGCCUCUUCGGGUUCGCUGUCACAGCCUUCGUGGCAGGAAUGUAUAAUUGCGGCGCAGGGCUCCCUGAUUCCAAUCCACGGGGCGGCCAUGGGCCGGAUCAAGCUGCAUUUGGCCUUGCUCUGUUCAUGGGAGGCAUGGUCCAAGUUAUUGUUGGGAUCAUGGAAUUCCGAGUCGGAAACACAUUGGGCACCACCAUCCAUUCCUCAUAUGGCGCAUACUGGUUGGCAUAUGCAAUGCUCAAAAUCCCAGGGCUGAAAAUACGCGAAGCGUACGGAGAUGAGCGGUCGUACACUUUCGCUCUGGGCAUAUUCCUCAUCAUAUGGGCACUCUUGACCAUUGUCUUCAUGAUGGCGUCGAUACAUUCCAACAUUGUUCCUUUGCUUGUUUUUGUCUUCCUUGCAUUCACAUAUCUGUUUCUGGCCAUUGCCAAUUUUCUUGCAACUUCGCACCCCAAGCAAAGUGUCCAAAUGAACAAGGCAGGCGGCGCAAGCGGGGUUAUCUGCUCGAUGCUUGCCUUCUACUGUGCUGCUUCUGGCCUAAUGUCGCCGGAUAUGACUCCAGUCCGGCUUCCCCUCGGUCCUGUUCCAUGGACGAAACAGCAUAUCGUGUGA